AUGAACUCUCCUCCAGAGGCUGGAUCACCAUCACCAUCGACACCUUCAUCAGGUUCUCCCCCCCCUGAGGAGGCCACCUUCCAACCCAACACCGGAGCAAGCUAUCUUUCCAACCUCACCAGCCAAAUCACCACCGCCUUCGGCGGCAGCUCGAGUUCCAAGCGUCGUCUGCCUACGGGAUCAUCUUUCGGGGCGUCGUCAUCAUCCAGAGAUGCGAAGACGCGUAGGAAGGGCGAGCCAGGGCGAUCUGGAGGUUCAAACUGGCCCGGGGAACUGAAAGAGACCGGGGGUAGCAAGAAGGAGAAGGAUGAGCUGAUCGAUAACGCGCUUGUCGAGUAUCUGAGAAAAGAAAUAGGGGAUCCUUUCCUCGAGCCGCCCCUCAAGGGAUAG